AUGCUACACGCCGAACAUCGUCUCAUGCAACAGAUGAUUACUAUGGAGGUAGAUACGCCAGUUACAACCACGCCGACCGCUCGGGCUACCAAUGCGCCACGUACCGUGCCCUCACCAGCGCCCCGAACUGUGGUUGCAACAACGUCGGCAACUGCACCGGCAACCACUCCGCCCCCUGUACCGGCAACCGUGCCUGCAGCGGUCCUUCAAGCCGCACCUCGCGGUGGCACUCGGCCACCAUCACACCCAUCACGGACGUUGAAGACCCUAAGGUGCCCCAUCUGCCGGCGCCCACAUCGCCUGCACCACUGUGGCAUAUUUCGGGGUAUGCGACCCGUGCAACGGCAGCAAGUUGCCCAGGCCCACGGGCACUGCCGGAAUUGCCUGUCACAUACACAUGUGUCUGCAGCGUGUGAGUCACGAGGGCUGUGCCAAAUAUGCCACAGCCCGCAUCACACGCUGCUACAUCGUAGCGCAGCACGUGAAUUGACUCGGCCAGCCAUCCAUCGCGGCCGCAUACCCCGAUUCCAACCCGCAUCUCGUGGCGCACCCCAACGAAGCGGAACUUCAUUGCGGCGUCGACAGCCUGGGCCACCACCUCGUCGGUCUACGGGGCUGAGCAGUGUUGUGGCAACGCUGCAACAGUUGCAGCGUCUUUUGGGCUAA